AGUCAAUUUGAAUUCGACUGGGUAAAAAUAUUUCUCAUUGGAAUUUGGAAUAUUGAUAAUAAUGCAAUUUAAAGCUUUAAUCUGAUAACAAAGAAGUCAAAGUUAUCGAACAAUUAAUAAAAAUGUCUUCGAAUGCAAUUGAAAAGUCGAAUUGUAUAUUUUGUAAUAUAAUAAACAAGUUAGAAAACACUGAAAUAUUGUAUGAAGACGAAGAUGUUUGUGUAUUUCGUGAUAUAAAACCGGCGAGUGAUUUUCAUAUAUUGACAAUACCAAAAAGACAUAUAGAAGAUGCUAAAGCUUUAACACCGGCUGACAAGAAUUUAGUUGACAGAAUGCUGAGCAUAGCCAAAGAGCAACUAGCAAAGAAUAAUCUAUCCAUAGAGGAUGCAAGGUUCGGUUACCACUGGCCACCGUUCCGUAGCGUCAAGCAUUUGCACCUACAUACCAUAGCUCCUGAAUCCAAGAUGGGAUUUAUAUCUAAAAUGAUAUUUAAAAAGGAUUCUUAUUGGUUUGUCUCGCCUGAAUAUGUGGAUUCAAGAUUAUAUAAAUAAAUAAUAAAUAAACUAGUAAAUAUGUGGAUAAAACAUGGGAUGGGUGUUUAAAUAUUCUAAAAGGAAACUCGAGAAGAAAUCGUAACGAACGAUGGAUUGUCUUUGUUAUUGUAAUAUUUCUUGUCAAUAGUGAAAAUGUUUU